AUGAAAUUUGGAGAAGCCUUAACAGAAGGUUUAGUAUCAGAAUGGCAAGAUCAAUAUGUUAAUUAUAAAGAAGGUAAGAAAUUAAUUAAAAAAGUUAAAAGAUUAAAAGACGAGUAUGAAUUAAAUGAUUCAACAACAAAUGAUUCAAGUAGAGAUUCUAUAAAUAAUAAUAAUGGUACUAACAAUGAUGAUAGAACACCAUUGUUAGGACCAAUUGAUCCUGAUAUAAAUUAUACAAGAGAUCGAGAUCGAGAUCGAGAUCAAGAUCAAACAACAACUACCACCAACAAAAAUAAUGAUAUUGUACCACCACCAUCAAGUAAAUCUUCAGUUAGACGACCGUCAAUUUUUAAUUAUUCAACAAAAUCAGAUAAAACUGAUUAUUUUACAGAAAGGAGGAAAUUUCAAUUAUGGUUAGAUGAACAAUUAAAUAAAGUUGAUGAAUUUUAUUCAGAUAAAGAAGAAGAUGUAUAUGAAAGAUUUUUAAUAUUACAAGAUCAAUUAUAUCAAUUAAAAGAUCAAAAAGCACAAUUAAAAAGACAACAAUUACAACAUGAUGGUAAAAAUAAUGAUACAACAAAACCUAGUGAUCAUCAAAUGGUUGAUAAAGUAAGUGAUUUAGCUUUUCAUACAAAACAUUUUUUAAGUGGAUUAAAUAGAUGGGAAUUACCUUCAUUACCAUCAAUGAGAUUUUUAAAAAAUUUCAAAAAACAUCCUAAAUAUGAAGAUGAUAUUUCAUUACAUAUUCAAGAUUCUACAGAUUUAAAUUAUGCAGAAAAUAGAGUAAGAAAUGGUAUAGUUGAUUUAAGUGAUAAAUCUCAUUCUGAUGAUCAAACUUCUUAUGAUUCUGAAUCUGAAUUUGAAGAUUCUUUACAACAACAUAAUUAUCCAUCUCGACAGCAACAACCACCUAGACCAUCACAAGAGAUCCCACAAACAGAAGCACAAAUACGAAUUAACAAACGAAGAGAUUACACCAAGAAGAAACAACAUUUUGGAGUACCAUAUUUAUAUGCUAAAAAACAAUUAAAAACAGCAUUAUUAGAACAUUAUAGAUCAUUAUCAAUAUUAAAAUCUUAUAAAAAUAUGAAUAGAACAGCAUUUAGAAAAAUUACAAAAAAAUAUGAUAAAGCAAUGAAUACUCAUAUAAUGGAAUCAUUUAUGGAAAGAAUUGAUACAACAUCAUAUUUUUUAACAAGUGAUUUAUUAAAUAAAAUUAUAAAUCAAGUUGAAGAAUUAUAUAUUGUAUUUUUUGAUCCUGAAUCAAAAGAUAGAAAACAAUCCUUGGAAAAAUUAAAAACUAUUGCAUAUACUAUAAAUGCAAAUGAAAUGAAAUCAAAUACUUUUUAUUCUGAAUUUUUCAGUUCUGGAUUAUUUUUGGGAUUUGGUUUACCUUUAUUUAUUUUAGCGUUAUAUGUUGCCUUGGAUAAAACAUUAGGUGGAGAAAUGACGGAGGGGAAGUUUUUAUUACAAGUUUGGGGUGGAUUUUUUUUAUUAACUUUAAUGUUUUUAUUAUUUGGUAUAAAUUUAGCUAUAUUUGAAAAAUAUAGAAUUAAUUAUAAAUUUAUUUUUGAAUUUAAUAUGGCAACUGCAUUAAAUUAUAAACAAUAUUGGGUUAUUCCAUGUUUUGCAUUUGGUUUAUUAUCUUUAUUAGCAUGGUUUAGUUUUAAUAAUUUUUGGCCCCAUAAAUUUCCAGGUAGAGAUUGGCCAUGGAUAUUUUUUGGUGUUUUAUUAGUUAUAUUUUUAUGGCCUGGUAAUAUAUUUUAUGGUUCAAGUAGAAGAUGGUUACAAUUUGCAAUUUUAAGAUUAAUUUUAUCAGGUUUAUAUCCUGUUGAAUUUAGAGAUUUCUUCUUGGGUGAUAUUGUAUGUUCAUUAACUUAUACAAUGGGUAAUUUACCUUUUUUUUUCUGCUUAUUUGCGAAUCAUUGGGUUGGAACAUUACCAGGACAAGAUGAAAGUAGGAAUAAAUGUACUUCAUCAAGAUCACAUCUUAUGGGAUUUUUUAGUGCUUUACCAAGUGUAUGGAGAUUAUUACAAUGUAUACGACGUUAUAUGGAUACUGGUGAUUGGUUUCCUCAUUUAGCUAAUAUGUUAAAAUAUUCAGUUUCAACUGUUUAUUACAUGACAUUAAGUCUUUAUAGAAUUGAUGGAGUAGUAAGAAAUAAAGUUGCAUUUAUUGUAUUUGCAUUUAUAAAUUCAAUAUAUUGUUCAAUUUGGGAUAUUGUUAUGGAUUGGUCAUUAUUACAAAGUGGUUCAAAACAUUUUUUAUUAAGAGAUUAUUUAUUUUAUAAAAAACCAAUUUAUUAUUAUUUUGCAAUGAUUAUUGAUAUUAUAUUAAGAUUUCAAUGGGUAUUUUAUGCAUUUUUCAAUCAUCAAAUUCAACAAAGUGCUGUUACUUCUUUUUGUGUUGCUACUGCUGAAAUUAUAAGAAGAUUCAUAUGGAUUUUUUUUAGAAUGGAAAAUGAACAUGUUACAAAUGUUAUAUUAUUUAGAGCUUCAAAAGAAACUCCAUUACCUUAUUCUGUAUCAGUUAAAACAGAAAAAGCAAUUAAAAAAUUAGUUGAAUUAAGAUAUGAUAAUAAUCAAAAACCUCAAGAAAGUGAUUUUGAUCCAUCAAGUAAUGAAGAAACUGUUGGUUUUACAACUGGUCGUGAAAAUUCAAGACAAGAAGAACGACGUAGAAGUUCAAUAGAUUUAACAAGAAUUUCAACAACUUCACAAUCAACACCUCAAUUACAACAACGUAAAACUUAUUUUAAACAAAUUACUGAUAAAUUAAAUAGUGCUCAUAUAAAAGAUUUUCAAAGGAGAAAAACGAUUGCUCCACAUGAAGAAGAUAGUGAUGAUGAAGAAGAAGAAUUUGAUGAUUCAAGUAUUAAUGUAAGAUCUAAAAAUUCAAGAAAUUCAAUGCCAUCAGUUAGAGAAGAAUAA